CGGAAGUAAAAGAUAAGACAUGUUCAUACCAAGGUCAUCGUUCGGUAUACGAUAAGCCAAUAUUAAAUCACCCUGUACUCUACGGUAAGAUAAGGGAAAUAAGUUGAGGUGUCUCGGUCUUUCUUCACAAGAUAGGCCAGAUAGACCUUGUACCAUCUUAGUACCUCGUCGUUGGACUCUUUCUAGCAUAUCUGCUUCAUAUUUGAAACAAGGACUCGCUGCUUGAAUCCCAUAUUCUAAAUGAGGUCGCACAUAAAUCGGACACAAUAGUCUAAGCAUCUCAUCAUCUAAAUACUGGAAAGACCUACGAAUUGACCAUAAUACCCUAUAGCCUUUCGCAACAGCAGCCUAACAGUGACUAGUGGUUUUGAGAUCAUUGCUUAAUAUGACUCCUAAAUUUUUAUAGUUUCUUACUUUGGGUAACACGAAUCCACAUAUUGUGUAGUGACAAGAUUCAUCAUAGUUAUUUAUUUGCAUCAUUACACUCUUAUUAGGAUUUACUUCUAGUGAUCACCUGUCUAACCAUGCCACCAAUGAGCUAAGAUCGUCCUGUAAUACUAUUUUAUCCGACAUACUGUGUAUGGGUCUCCAAAUCUUUAUUUCAUCAGCGAAGAGUAGGACGGAUGAUUUCGCUAUAGUUGCUAAUUCCUUUACAUAAAGUAAAAAGAGAAGAGGACAUAGGAUUGUACCUUGGGGAACUUCACUUUUUACAGGUACCCACGAGGAGAGAGCCCCAUUUACUCUUACCCUUUGUCUCCUGUCAUGGAGAAAGUUACUUAUCCAAUCUACGACUGUAUAAUGGAUUCCAAAAUGUUCCAGUUUGAAUUUAAGACCAGAGUGGGAGACUUUAUCAAAUGAUUUACUUAGACCUAUGAAGAUCACAUUCACAGGGAUACUCUGAUCUUUUGCAGCAGCCCAGUCUUCUGUUGCAAUGAAAUUUGUCAAGCAUGAUAGGCCUCUCCGAAAACCAUGUUGUUCCGUGAAGAAAAGAUUAUGCCCUUCAACAUAGUUUAUAACAGAUAUCCCAGUGAUUUUUUCCGUCAGCUUUACAACCGCACUAGUCAAGCUAACGAGUCUAUAGUUACUAACUAAAUCCCUACUCCAAGUCUUAAACACCGGACUUAUUAUAGUGUCUUUCCAGCCUCUAAGCAGUCUGGACUGCCUUAGAGACAUGUCAAACGGUAUCACUAAUGAUAACUAAACAAUAUAUUUGUAAUAUCCCAAUGAGUAGAAAAUUAGAUUUUCUGACGUUUCGUGACUUAGUGUAUCACUAAUGGUUCACCAAUUACAUCUGCUAGAGCUUUCAUAAUCCUAGGAUGAAUAUCAUCAGGACCACUGGACUUAUCAGGUUUGAGAUGCUGAAGUAGCCUCAAAAGGUACCUUUCUCUACGACUACAGGGCCCAUCAGCAAGCCAUCGCAGUCACAAUGAAUCGUUGGUCGUCCUCACUACCGAUAGAAAACACUUUAGUGAAAUAUCCCGAUAAAACUUCAGCCUUUUCGGCAUCAUUUUCUGCCAAUAUAGACGGAUUUUCUUGUAUCAAAAGUAAUGGAAUUCCAUCUCCUCUCUGUGUUCGCCUUUUUCAAUACGAGAAUAUCCGUUUCGGACUAUAUCUAGAAUCCCUCCCAAUCGUUUUUCAUAUGAUCGUCUAGUAUUAAUUACUAACGCUUAACAGGCAUUCCUAAUCCUACAAUAAAUGGAUCUGUAUUAUUCUAAGCUAGUAGAGAUGAACAUAUUCCGGUGCUUCUUCCUUUUUCUAUGAUGUUUCCUGACUGUUUUAGUUAUCUAUGGUGGACUGUUAUUCGGUCUUCGCGGUACCAAGUAUGGUAUGAACGAGAACGUGACUAAACUAAACUUACCUUUAAAUACAGACCAUGCUUCUUCAACUGAUAAGCUAGUAUCUACAAACCAAUCUUCCCGAAUGGCUGAUAUGUUAGCUUUCCAUACAUUUGGGCGGGCUGUAACCUGAUCGUAUAACAUGUCCCUAGUUCUAAGCAUCAAUGACAAAACAGCGCGAUCGCUGUUAACUAACAGUGGAAGAAUAGUUAGGCCGACAAUAUCCUCAGUGUCAUGAGUGAUUACCGAGUCCAACAGAGAAGAAUCUUGGUUUGUACCAAAACGUGUGGGUUUGGAUACAUGCUGCACUAGUGCAUGCUCCUUUAUUGUUACUAGGACUUACUUACUUACUUACGCCUGUUACUACCAAUCGAGCAUAGGCCGCUGACCAGCAUUCUCCAACCCGCUCUGUCCUCCGCCUUCUUUUCUAGUUCCAUCCAAUUCCUGUUCAUUUUUCUCAUGUCUAUUUCCAUUUCUCGGCGUAAUGUGUUCUUUGAUCUUCCUCUUCUCCUCCUUUGGCCUUGAGGAUUCCAUGUGAGGGCUUGUCUUGUGAUGCAGUUGGGUGCUAUCCUCAAUGUGUGUCCUAUCCACUUCCAGCGCUUCUUCAUGAUUUCUUCCUCCACUGGGAUCUGGUUUGUUCUCUCCCACAGUAGGUUGUUGCUAAUAGUGUCUGACUAGAGCAUCCGAAGUACUUUGUGUAGACAAUUGUUAAUAAACACCUGUAUUUCCUGGAUGAUGGCUUUCGUAGUUCUCCAGGUUUCUGCCCCAUUCAGUAGAACUACCUUGACAUUUGUAUUGAAAAUCCUGACCUUGGUGUUGGUUGACAGUUGCUUUGAGUUCCAGAUGUUCUUACUUGUAAAUAUGCUGCUCUUGCUUUACCGAUCCGCGCCCUCACAUCUGCAUCAGAUCCACCGUGUUCAUCAAUGAUGCUGCCCAAAUACGUAAACGUGUUUACAUCUUCCAAAUCUUCCCCGUCAAUUGUGAUUGGAUUGUUGCAUGUUGUGUUGUGUCGGAGAGUCUUGCUUUUCCCUUUGUGUAGAUUGAGACCUACUGCUGCUGAGGCUGCUGCCUCACUGUUCGUCUUCUCCUGCAUUUGUUGUUACUGGGAACCUACUAUCAAAGGAGUUUCUACAUCCUUCCGUGGUUAUCUCAGUCCAACUAAUAUCAGGUGCAUUAAAGUCUCCUAUUAUCAAGUAUUUGGUAUUUGCACUCCAAAGAUGAAUGUGCUCUAAAGUGAAGUCAUCAGUUAAGCAGAUCGGGCUGCGAUAGAUGACACCAAGCAUAAAUGUACUACAUCCGAUAGCCAAUUUACAGCUAAUGACUUCACAAGUACCGCUAUCAUGGGAUUCGCUAGCAGAGGGGCGGAUAUUUAUGCUAUUGGCUAUAUAUAACAGGACAACACCUCCUUUUCUACAUUUGUGUCUAUCACUCCUGAAGUAAUGGUAUCCGAAUAAUUCUGGUGUAAUGUCUAAGUCAUAGACUAACCAAGUUUCUGUUACUGCCGCGAUGAGUGGCUUUAAUCUGUUCACUGAUGCUUCUAGUCCAUAGAACUUAUUUUUUAGACUACGAGCGUUGGCAUAUAAAGCUCCUAAGUAGAACGAGCUAUCCACACAGGCCUUGUAGCAUUUGCUUCCAAGACCUGACUAUCCGAAAACCCACUAGCAGGAGAUUUUCCUCACCGUUUUCCCGACGGGUUUCUGGUUCAGCUUAUGCUUUCUUACUUUUUAUUCUAUCUUCGAGAGACAUAUCAGGUCUAACUCGGAUGUCGGAAUUGUCGUGACAACGAGCGCUACUCAACAGGAGAUCCCGUUGCUUCUCCGAUCCUAUGAUUACCUUAAGGAGUCUGCAUAGUCGAGGUUCAACAUUGUCCUCGGUCCUCUUGCCUGUUCCAACCAGUUUUCGGACCUGAACUCCUUUAGAGUCAUCUGGUAAGAUACUACGAAUAUAUUCUACCACGGUAUAUAAUUUAUAUUAUCUGAAUAUUGUUGAAUCCUAGCUUACAACUCAUAAAUAGCUUUAGAAUUUAUACUUAAAGUGAUAUGGGUCGACUGUAAAAAAACGAGCCCGGAAAAGCCCUAAUACUUUAGAUAAUAACAGUUCUGUUAUUACUUAUUCCCCAUGCUCUGCUACUGCUUUUGAAGCUGAUAAUGUUGGGAAUGGUCUUACACCACACCUGCUGCUGGAUGAAUCUGUCUCUAACUUAAUAAUGAAUCCCACCUCUAGAUCAAAAAGUAUCGAUAAUAAUAAGAGUGAAUUAAAUACUAUCUUUAAGCACCUAAACGGCAUGCGUUCUAAAGUUGAAUCACUUGCUAGCUCUUUAUCAAAGCAUGCUGAUCUGAAACAAGAAAUAAAGGCACUAUCACCCCAUUACCAUAAAUGGAAAAGUGUUAUCUAGGUUACAUACGUAGGACUUACAUACUCCCGAGACUUGUCGUUUACAGAACAGAUACUAAAACAGACUUCUAAGUCUCAAUAUCUAAUAGGUUACAUCACUCGAAACCUUUACAACAGUGAGUUACGUAUUUUAAUGUAAAAAGUUUUUUCUUGACCUCUUCUAGAAUAUUACACCUCUCUUCUUAGCAGUGCGCGCGUAAAUGAUAAAUUAAGGUUGGAAUCAGUACAGAGACGAUUUACACUUCGUAUUCUUGGAGCUGAUUGUACCUUAACGUACAAUUGUAGAUGUAAUAAACAUGGGCUAGACCCUUUGUGUAAGAGGAGACUCAAACUAAAUCUUAUCUUUUUCUUCAAACUACUUCACAAACUAUCGUUUACAUCCGAUCACGCGAUUCAGUAUGCAGAAACCUCUCAUUUUUACAUCCGUAAUUCCUUGGCACUAGUGAAACAAACUCAUUCUAAAUCAUCUCUUUGUAUGAAUUACUUCACCGUAAAUUUUUUAGACUCUGGAAUAACCUACUAUAAUAUAUCCGUACGAUAAAAUCACUCCCAUUGUUUGUCCGCUGCAUCGAUGCAUAUUGCUCCUCUGAAAAUGUUUCGGAAUGGCACGAACUAAAGCAACAAUGCUCGCACAUCAGGACACCCGAGCACCCAUUAGCAUCGCAGUAGACGCAUCCGACUCAGCAAUCGGAGGAGUCUUACAACAAUGGGUUAACAACUCCUGGCAACCCUUGGCCUUUUUCUCUAGAAGGUUGCUAGACACCGAAUCGAGGUACAGCACAUUCGGUAGGGAACUCCUAGCUAUGUAUUGUGCUGUACGGCAUUUCCAACACUAUAUCGAAGGCCGUGAAUUCACUCUAUUCACGGACCAUAAACCGCUCACUUUCUCGUUAAGCUCUCCUUCUGACAAGUACUCUAUCUGCGAGUCUCGACAACUGGACUACAUUUCGCAGUUUACUUCAGACAUUCAACACAUCUCUGGAGCAAACAAUGUAGUUGCAGACGCUUUAUCUCGUAUAACUUCCUUGAACAGUUUCCAAGGAAUCGACCUUCUUAAACUCGCCGAGCUUCAAAAAGAAGACAGUGAUCUUCAGCACGAGUUAUCGUCCACAACACUUAAACUACGCAUCAAACAGAUGGGAACAGGUAAGGAAACCUUACUUUGUGACACAUCUACAGGUAGGGAUCGCCCAAUCGUACCGAAACACUAUCGACGCAAUGUCUUCAACACAUUGCACAAACGUUCGCAUCCAGGUGUUCGUGCAACCAUCAAGCUUAUAGCAGAAAGGUUUUGCUGGCCUGGAAUGAAUAAAGACGUGAGGGAGUGGGCACGCUCCUGUGUAAGCUGCCAAAAAUCUAAGGUUAUCAGACACAAUAAAUGUCCCUUAGGCUCGUUUAAAACUCCCGAUGCUCGUUUCGACCAUGUUCAUCUGGAUUUGGUAGGACCUUUACCAGAUUCAAAUGGAUACUCUUAUCUCUUAACCUGCGUAGGCCGUUUCACUCGAUGGCCAGAAGCAGUACCUAUCAAGGACAUCACUGCUGAAACAGUGGCCCGCACCUUCGUCGAACGAUGGGUAGCAAACUUCGGUUGCCCUUCAACCAUCACUACAGACCGCGGACGUCAGUUUGAAUCCGAUCUUUUCCGUCGUCUGACCACACUUUUAGGAAUCACUCGCUUCCGAACGACCGCCUACCAUCCACAAGCAAACGGGUUGGUAGAACGUUUUCACCGACAACUGAAAGCUUCGCUAUCAGCUGCAAACGUUUCACAGUGGACCGACGCUCUUCCACUCGUCUUACUAGGUAUCCGCAAUGCAGUGAAAGCUGACAUUGGAUACACUGCGUCUCAACUCGUUUAUGGUACGACACUUCGACUUCCAGGAGAAUUCGUGGAUCCUUCAUCAUCUUCAAUGAACAUGGAUCUAACCUCCUACACGAACAGGCUUACAAACGCAAUGCGUUCAGUUAAACCUGCUUCCACUCGACCUCAAUCAACUGAUGUUUUCGUUCAACCUGACUUACGAUAUAGUACACACGUUUUCAUUCGUCGAGACUCGCAUCGACGACCAUUCGAAUCAGCAUACGAAGGACCCUUCAAAGUUCUUCAACGUGAAUCUAAGUACUAUAUAGUCGAUAAGAACGGAACCAACGAUACCAUCAGCAUCGAUUGCUUAAAAGCAGCGUAGUUAGAAGGAAAUCCUAUCUACGUGGAUUUUCCUUUGGUACAAUCGAACGACACGACUCCGACACUUAUAAUACCUCAUCCGACAACCAACACACACGAUGAUACUUCGACAGUAUCCGAAAAUAAACUUAAAACGACGCGUUCUGGAAGAAGGGUGAGAUUUCCAGAACAUUUAAACGACUAUUGCACGUAAGGCACAUCUCGACAUUUUAUAUUAUUUUUUUUAAAAAAAAAAUUUUAAUAUGCUUAUAUAUUUUUAUUUCUAUUUUUAAAAAAAAUACAAAACAAAAAAAACAAUUUUUUUAAUGCUAUUACGUGUUCAUGAGUUUAUUUUCCAUUUUUUCUCCGCCGACAUUGUGUUUUUACGCACAUACGAGUGUAUUUCGACAUGCACUUACAUUUUCUUUUUUCUUUUCCAGGACGGCUGGAAAAGAACGAUGACGUUUAUGAGGAUCCGAAAUUUUCAUUGUACAUUUCCUUUUUUACUAUGUUGUACCUCCGUCUCAUAUAGUAAGGAAAGACGACCAGACGCUGCUAAAUUUAGUAAGCUAUCAGAAGAGUGUUUACCAACGACAAACUCGUUGGGUUUAAACUUCUGGCUGGCCACGUCUUAGGGUCGUCACUGCCCCACUAGGGGGGGAGUGAUAUGUAGCGGUAAAUAAAUCCCCAAAAUAAAUAGCACUAAGUUUUCGACAUUGGAUGCUGACCAUAUGUUUUAGUGGACUCACCUAGCUGAAGGCGCUCGGUCAGGGAUCUGCACCAGAUCACGUGUGGUAACGCCGUGCUCAACAUCAACCGCAAUCGCUAGCCAGAUUAGAUCAGAGAAUUCCGAUAUAUUGGUCAUCGCCAAAUAUACUCUUCCGAUCUCCUCGACUCUGUCUUUUGAUUUCUCUGGGUGGGAACGAAAUAUAUUAGAAGGUGUUACUGGUAGAAGCGUUGUCAAACACUGAAUACCUGUGGCAUCAUCACAUUGAAUGGUCUAGCACCUGUAAGUGUAUCUCAUUCCACAAGUAGUAUUAUAGGAACUUUAAAUGUUUAGCCAUCUUUAUUAGUGAAUUCCCUUAGUAAAACCACCCACUUGUUGUCAAUAUGUUAACACCGUCCCCAGAAAGUUUAACUAAUUCGAAUAACAUUGACAGUAUAUCACUGUGUCACAUGACGCACGCAUUUAGGUAGACCUUAUUGGCACAUUUUGGUAAUUACUUUUUUGUUGUUCCGUGCUCUCUGUUUUCGUUUUAAUUUCUCUAGUUGUAGAUAAUUAUCAUUAUUUCGAUCUGGCACACGAAUUGACCUUAAUUACACCGUUCAUAAAUCAACAGGCUGUCCACUUAAGAAAUAUUAAAAAUUCCCGGCUGAUGCAUUGGAUCGCUGUAAUAUAUGUACUACUUAAACAACUACAGAACUAAUAUACUUAAAACUUGCUUCUAUCACACGUUUGUUUUGCACGUCUAAUGUUAUUAUUUAUAUCAAAUUGAUCAUGCCUGUAAACUGGCGCGAAUUCUGUAAUUAUUAUUUUUAGAAUAUAAAUUAUUGUUAUAAAGAAUAAUAGUCGAAUACGAGUUGCAUUUACGAUAUGUACAUUUCAGAAAAUUAGAUGGACAGACAAAAUACACAAUUAAAUAUGGGAUUUGAAUUGAUGCAUAAAGAAGUAGCUGUAAUAAACCUACUUGGUGAUUAAUAAAUGACUUACUUUUAUAUGACUUAUAUAUAUGCCUUGCUGCUCUUCUGUUUCUCUUUAUUUUUCUUCUUCAGAAUCUUGCUCUGAGGGCACAGCUAUGAAACUUCUGACUUCUGGAACAAACUUGACGUACAUGUCUCCUCAAGAUCAUGGUUUACAGCAAGCGCUCUACGAGUCUACUUUAUAACAACUAUAAGCAUAUUGUGCACCAAGAAAUGUUGUAAUUUAUAGAUCAUGCCUGUAAAAAUGACGUGUACCUUCACAUGCAGAAAUAUAUAUUAUUAUAAAUGGCAUACAUAAGGUGAGCACAACUAGAAAAUGUCAAACGUUAACAAUGAAUUAAUAAUAAGAGAACACAUAUAAAGACAGACGAGUUGUAAUAUCGGUGAAUUGGGAUAGAUAUGAAUCCAAGCAAUGUAAUUAGUGAAGAUACAAAUAUGCAUGGAAUUGUAAGAAACAGAUUAGAUAGUAGUUUGUAUAUGUCGGUCAUAUUGAUCCAUCAUACGAUUUAACAUUAUUAUUUAAGUAUUUAAGGGUCACCGAAGAAGUAACGUUAUUCUCCCAAACAAGGGUGAACGAAUUUCUUCUUUUUAUCCUUGUUAAUUUUGUAUGCGGCCAUCCUUCUUUUUCAAUGUCUGGUGUUUUUAAGCAGUUUUCUAUUUAUUACAUGACUGGGUGCUGCAUAUAACAGCGUGUUUUUCACUGGGGGUUUCAUUUUAAUCAUGUAAAGUCAUUCAUACAUGUUUUAUAUGAGCACGCCGCACUAAUGCAUUUCAAAGUGCCAAGUGAAAGAAGCAAAUAAAUUGGGAGUUAGAGCUUUAAAUGAAAUCAUCGGUGAAAAUUAUGCUCUUAUAUACAGCACUCACUCACUAAGUGGGCGGAAAUACACUUGGUAUUUGAUGGAUAGUGGCUAGCAGUGGGAUCCAGGACGCGCGUUUCGUCCUAUUUGGGACUCGUCAGUUGGAUGUACCUGCAUCUCAAACUUGUUGAUGUUCACUCUGGGACUCGAACCCAGUACCAUUUGCUUCAAACGGAAUUUAUCUGUAAAAUGUAAUGCAUUUGAGCUAAUAGCUUGUGAAUUAAGGUAAUAUCGAGGCAUACGCACAGUAUGCACAUAUGCCAAUAACAGAUUGAUCGAUUGCAGUGUUAAACCUCAAUGGGAAGAUACAAGCCAAACAAUACCAAGUGAAUACUUGGUAUUUCUUGAUAUAGCAUAUAUACGUUGAACACUGAAAAGGCAUACAUAAACAGCUCUCGAAAUUCCAUUCAUUCCAAUGAUAAACUUUUGCUUACUUCCUUACUUUCGCCUGUUAUUCCCGAUGGAGCAUAGGCCACCGACCAACGUUCUCCAACCCACUCUUUCCUGGGUCUUCCUUUCUAGUUCUAUCCAAUUUUUGUUCAUUAUUCUCAUAUCUGUUUCCAUUUCUCGGCGCUUUGUGUUGUUUGGUCUUUCUCUUUUCCUUUGGCCUUAAGGAUUUCAAGUGCUAGCUUGUCUUGUGAGGUAGUUGGAUGCUUUCCUUAAUAUAUGUCCUUUAGCAGCCCGAGUUCUCACUCUAAUUAGAUCGUAUGAAUGUUUGUUGUUGAAAUACACAUCCUGACUAUUCUAGUAUAUUUUUAUCGACUUAAUCUGUGUUAGUGAAUAACAGAAUUAAAUAAGGCAAAUACAAGAAUGGAUUUUGAAUAUGUAUAUUUCAUGGAAUUAUCGAUUUGACCAGGCAAUCAGGGAAUGAAACGAAGCGAAGGGAGCAAAGUGAAAUGAUGCGCAGUGGAGAAGGCGUGUGAACCAAAUCCAUUUAAUCAAGGAUUAACCAAUAUUUAUGGUCACACAAAAAUAGGCAACAUAAAUGUGAUGAGUAGGAUAGGAAGUACACACAUAUACGCUCAUAUAAGAACAGUCAGGGUUGAUAAGUGAAUAAUUGACAAGGUCAAAACGUGACUCAAGAAGAAUGAAUAAAUUGGUCUGUCCAGAAGCUGGAAUAAGAUAUAUGGGCUUAACAUAUCAACCAACACUACAAUCCUAUGCACCUGCAGUGCUUCUUCCUGAUUUCUUCCUCCGCUGGAAUCCGGUUUGUUCCCUCUCACAGUGGGUUAUUGUUGACAGUGUCUGGCCAACGGAUCCGAAGUAUUUUGCAUAGGCAACUGUUAAUAAGCACCUGUAUCUUCUGGAUAAUGACUUUCGUAGUUCUCCAGGUUUCCGCCCUAUACAGUAGAACUGUUUUGACAUUUGUAUUGUUAUUCAGUCACAUAUAUGCUGCUCUCGCCUUGUCGAUCCACGCCUUCACAUCUGCAUCACAUCCACCGUGUUCAUCAAUGAUGUUACCCAGAUAUGUAAGUGUUUUUACAUCCUCCCAAACUUUUCCAUCAGGCGUGAUUUGAUUAGUGAGUGCUAUGUUGUAUCGGAGAAUCUUGAUAAACGUUUGCGUUUCACAUUAUAUUACCUAAUAAUAUUCAGUAACCAGUUUCAUUUUCUAUCAUUUUUAAGCAUAACGCUUGCCAUGCUGUGUUGGUGUGAAGCAUUGCAUUUCACAUGAAUUCGUAGUAUUAAAUUUUAGUGACCUACUUUUAUCGAGAGAACGCGAAUGGUUUAAUGAAAACAAUUAUUAAUAUAACCAAUUGUACCAGGGAUUGUUUUACUGUACUUGUUUGUUUAAUUGUACUAAAGAUAUCCAUUUUUCCUCCAUUAUUCUUCCUUCCUUUGAUUGUGACCUUGCACGAAUUCGGUUACGCUCAGUAAUCACACUUGUACUCCUUUGGCAUGAUUUCGGUAUUCUUUCGAUACCACGAGAUCACCAACGAAUACUUCCCUACUACAGCCAUCAACUGCCUUUUGAUAUUUGGCUUACGGGGGAUCUUAUCCGUUAACUGGCACGUAGUCUUCCUGCAGUGGUGAUCAUAGUCAACCGUGACUCGACACCACACUACAAAGUUUAUUUGUGAACAUAAUUCUAAAUUGCCAAUAUUUGUAAAGAGUUACUCUCGAUUGUUUAAUUUAAUUAAAUCUUUGUUUAGCUACAGUGAUUCACGUGUAUUGUGCCUUUAGUUCCUGUUUCAAAUAUUGAUAGUUAUUGAGGCCAUAGGUGGUUCAUAGAUAUUAUAUAGAUUAUCAAAAUGGUUUAUAAAUAAUCACCAUUUCAAGAAUAAUUUUUUUCUCUUAACAAUGUAUCCAUAUGUUCAGAGCAUCAGACAUCUACGGGCUGCUCAGUAGUUGAAUGAAAAGUAUUGACAGAAUCAACACUCCUUUUCUUCAUUUCAUGAAAGAAAAAAGAAAAGCAAAAUGUCUUAAGGCACCGGGUAAUAUGAAUUUGUUCUACAUAUACAUAUAUGGGUUUACCUGUAAGAUAAGGGAAUGUUCAUUUUCAUUUGUUUAUAUACAAGUAAUAAGUAGUAUAAGAAAUACUCAUAAAAAUAAAUAUAUUCCAUCAUUUUUUUUUGGUUUUGUUUUGUUUUGAAACACUUCAAAUACAUCAUCUAAAUCUUGGGCGCCAAAUUGAUGUGAAACAUUAAAACAGGAAGAAUGUUGUAUUAGGAUCCAAUUACCAAAUGAAAAUGUUUGGAUUUACUUUAAAUUGAAUUCACUGUGAUUUGACAAAUACAACAUUCUUCCGCUUUAUUAGGAUGAUCUUUUGUUGUUGUUCUUGUCGUCGUCGUCGUCAUAGUAGUAGUAGUAGUAGUAGUAGUAGUAGUAG